AUGUAUGCCAGAUUCAAGAAGAAGAAGGCUGCUCGCUCCGCGGAGUCGACGGCGACUCCCUCACCCAGCCCAGCCGAAGCACCCGACCGGAACACCCCAAUCGAUCUGUCUGAAGAGGACCUCCUCAUUAAGAGAGCAUGCAACUUUGAAGAGUUUUCCCUGCCUGCUUUUGCUCCUGGGGUGACCAUUCGUGAUGGGUUAGAAAACUGUGAUGAUCUGACAGCAUACGGGGUGUCAGAAAUCGAUCAGAAGGAGCUAUGGAAGGAUGAAAUCGCCAGGCUAAGCGAAGCCGUCAAAAGCACAAACAUUCCCAUCCAUUUCAAAGGCUCUGAUGAGUUCAAGGUCGACUCUAAGGAAGCCUACGAGAGCCUGGCUAGACUCGCCGACAAGAUGCUCGUUGCGCUCAACAUCGUCUUCAAUGACUCCCAGGGGGUCAUGCUCAGUGAGAUGCCUGAUCUUUCUGAAAGACGGGCUAUUCUCGACAAGGCCCGCCGCAACCUAGAACGUUCCGUUGCUGAUAACAGCGACGAUGACGACGAUGACGAAGCGGCUCAGGCUCGGAAUGCCCGCCCAGUGGCAUCUGAGAUCAAUUACGCCGACUACUUUGAGUUUGUCAACUAUGUGACUGCGACCAUUGCCCGCAUGCUUUGCAAGGCUGCAGCAGGUCACCUAUGGCACGACACAAUCAUCGUCAAAUUUGCCAAGAUGGCAGCAAAGAUGAAGGUUGUGUCUGGUGAUCUCCGAGAGCAUGCCGCGAACUCGCUACAAAAUACCUCAUCUGUAAAGUCGCCUCCGAAUAUUGGAUAUGGACGUCCUGCUGGUCGGAAUGCAGACUUCGGUUAUGACAGCCUAGGAAGAAACGUGCUAGGGGAUCUCGAUGGAAUGCUGGAGAUGCUGAACCAAAAGGAAAACCAGCCAGCCUUCGCAGGCCCCAAUACCUCGAACAGAGCGCUCACGCGACUGUACUAUUUAUUCGAGUACACGAUCCAGAUGCCGACUUAUAAGCUGUUUCAGUAUGUGCUCAUAUCCUUGCGUGGCACAAACACACUACGCACGGCACUAAGCACAUCCUACGAAAUCAGCGCCAUGCUGUACAAAACUGGCUACGGCAAUUUCCCAGUUUUUCUUUUCCAAGACAUUGACGGCGAGUACCUCGGCAGCUCUAGCGAUGAGAACAUCAACAUCUCUCAUGCUUCGUUCCAGGUAGUCAAUUUGGCAGUAAAUGGGUUGGUUCAUCAGCGUUCGUUGGGAACCGAAGGCUCGCAAAGCGAGAGCGGUACGCUUGGGAGCAGACCCGACGGGGGUGCUUCGGAGUCCGCUGGCCUCGGCGAUUCAAGAGUCAGUGACACGAAUAUCACUCCGCCGCCCUCUUUGAACGAUCCAAAGUCAGUUGGAACCACUAUCAGCUGUUAUUACUCCGAGGAUUCUAGAUCCAACGCCUCAGAUCAGAAGAGGAACUUUCGUCUCGACACCAUGAGCAAAGUCAUCACCGUUGUGGUGCCCAUGGUUCUCACCAGUCCCUCAUUCGUUAUGACGGUGAACGUAUUCAUUGGACUCUUCGCCUAUCUUGAAGGCAGUCUCAUCGAGGGGGAGCCACCUACGCUCUAUCGACCAACAGAAUUCGAGGCGAGCUUCUGUCUCAGUACUGAUGAGUAUCGGAAGACGUGGGGGGACCGGUCGGGGAAGGGGUUUGCCUCUCAGCUAUCUGACUCCCUCGUGGCCCGCGAUACGCUCCUGUCAUGGCCUAGCAAACGAGCUCUCCGCCGUACUCAAACUGCGAACAUGGAGUUACCGAUGGCGAAGACCUCCCAAGAGGAGCAGGAGCGGGAGGAUCCAGAAAAUCGGGAAGAGCGGGAGCAAAUCCAACUCAACCUAAAGCAGUUCGACCAGGCACAGAAACACAUGAAAGACUGGGUCUUUGAGGAAGACGGUGUGCGUGUUCGCUGCGACUGGUAUGUCGGAGCUGUCUGCAUCACAGCUGGCUUACUGGUUCUUGGUGGGAUCACGGCCGGCCUCACUAUGGGGAAUCGACUACGUGGUGUGGAUCCCUUCAACGUCACGUCGUUCAGCUGGGUCCUGGCGGCGUUCAUCGUUCUCAUUGCGAAGAGUGCUCGCGUGGCGAGCUGGCCUUGGUGGGACUUCCUCCAUCGACAGGUCCUAUGUCGCAGUGUGUCUGAGCUGAGGGCCGUAACGGGUAUCGAUGAUCAGUUGCUCCUUGCACGCUUGCUUCAGGAAGAGUCAGGAACGAGGCUUCAGACGCGAGGACCAUACAAUACAGUAUUCUCACGGAAGGCAAGCGGCGGCGACGGCUUUUCAAUUGACCAACCACUGAGCAUUCGGACCAUGCUACUCAGUGGGCUCAUCAUGAUCCAGGUGCAGGCUGUUUACCAUGGCAAGUUCCUGGUCUGCUUAGAUCUGCGGAGAGGAACAGAACUUGGUUUGGUCUCUCAGACGAGGGAAGCGGUUGUGGAUGAAGAAGAGUGUAUCAUCAGCGAAAGACUGACUGAUGAGCCGGCACAGGGCACGAUACACCGCAUUAAUUUGAAAACGGCCAAGGCUUCUUGGGGCCGUGUCGUUGGGGUAUUUGGGCGGAAGAAUGCGGUGUUUUGUUAA